AUGAUGCCCAAUCAUCCCAUGUACGGCCAGCAUCACUACCCCCAGGAAGCUUCGGCCUGGAUGCACCAGCAGACACACCACCAGCACGCUCAACAGGCGGCUGCUGCUGCUGCCGCUGCCCAGCAAGCUCACUACAACCGCGUCGCUACGUCGGCCUCCCACGCGAAUGCCCUCAGCGCUGUCCACCAGGAUCCUGCCGCCGAUAAUCCCAACAUGUCCGAGGACAACCGUCGCACCAUGGCCUACAUCGCCGACCUACUCAACGAGAAUACCCGCGAGCAGGCCCUGCUGGAGCUGAGCAAGAAGCGCGAGCAGGUUCCUGAGCUCGCGCUGAUCCUGUGGCAUUCCUUUGGUGUCAUGACCUCUCUCGUCCAGGAGAUCAUCUCUGUCUAUACCCUUCUCAAUCCUUCUCAGCUCACCGCUGCCGCCUCCAACAGAGUAUGCAACGCCCUUGCCCUCCUGCAGUGCGUAGCAUCCCACAAUGAGACCCGGACCUUGUUCCUGAGCGCGCAUAUUCCUCUCUACCUCUACCCUUUCCUCAACACCACCUCCAAGUCUCGCCCCUUCGAGUACCUGCGCCUCACCAGCCUCGGCGUCAUCGGCGCCUUGGUCAAGAAUGACUCGUCUGAAGUCAUCAACUUCCUUCUCACCACAGAGAUCAUACCUCUUUGCCUCCGGAUUAUGGAGACGGGCUCCGAGUUGUCCAAGACCGUGGCCAUCUUUAUAGUCCAGAAGAUACUGCUGGACGACAACGGCCUCAACUACAUUUGCGCGACGUACGAGCGUUUUUAUGCCGUAGGUACCGUUCUGAGCAACAUGGUAGGACAGCUGGUGGAGCAGCAAACUGCCAGGCUGCUGAAGCAUGUAGUCAGGUGCUUCCUGCGACUCAGUGAUAACGCCAGGGCCCGCGAAGCUCUCCGACAGUGCCUGCCCGAGCCGUUGCGCGACGCGACCUUUUCUGCCGUCCUUCGUGACGACGCAGCUACGAAGCGAUGCCUCACGCAGCUGCUCGUCAACCUUUCGGACAGUGCCAUGGCCGAUAUUGGCAACCCUGGCCUCUCCUAG